UUGCAACACUGAGUUUAUGUGACGUCAUUAUGGCCUGGUUGGGUUAGGUUUGCUUGCUUGGAAAUUUUUGUUAAAAAUCUUGUAUUUUAAUGUAAUAUAUAGUUGUAUUUCUUAUUUUAGAAUAGUAAUAUAAAUAUAACCUAGAUUAGCAGCAAUUCUGGUGCCAAGAAGUGUUUGUUUCGGCUGCAUUUUCUGGCGAAAAUGAACUGCCAUGAAGGGGUCAGCUGUGAUUCUUGUAUGAAAAAUAACUUCAGAGGGCGACGAUAUAAAUGUCUAAUUUGCAUCGACUACGACCUGUGCGCUUCUUGCUAUGAGGCGGGCGCCACCACGAACCAACACACCACUGAGCACCCUAUGCAGUGCAUUCUUUCCAGAAGUGACUUUGAUUUAUACUAUGGAGGCGAAACAUUGGCGCUGGAGCAGCCACAAGCCUACACGUGUCCAUUCUGUAACCGCAUGGGGUUCACGGACACUAUGCUCAUGGAGCAUGUCACCGCCGAACACGCGGAUACCACACUCGCUGUGGUGUGUCCAGUGUGCGCGUCGAUGCACGGCGGGGAGCCCAACUUCGUGACGGACGACUUCGCCGGCCACCUGACGCUCGAGCACCGCACCGGGCCGCGAGACCUCAUCUCGUUUCUUGACGAGCCGAGCGGCAUCCGGCACGGCGGCGUGCGGCGCAUGCCCCACUCGGGGCGCGGCGUCACUCGCGCGAGACGCACCAAUAUGCAGUUCAGCGGCGGCGGCGGCCUCUCCUCUUUAUCGCCCUCAUCCCGCGACGCCGUCGUGGAUCCCAUAGCGGAGCUGCUGUCCCAGCUGUCGGGCGUGCGGCGCGGCCAGCCCGGGCCCGGCACGCCCUCGCAGCUGCAGCAACUGCAGAUGCAGCUGCAGCUGGAGCGGCAGCAGGCCACGGCAGCCCGACAGCAGCUGGAGCGGCUGCCGCGCCGGCCAGCAGCGGCCAGCAGCGCCGCGCCCCCCGCGCAGCCCGCCGCCCCCGCGCCGCCCGCGCCCGCGCCCGACUCCGCCUAUCUACUGCACACGCUGCUGGGUACAGAAGAGCCCCUAGUGGCGGGCGAGGCGGAAUCCCGCGCGGCGCUACUACGCGGGCUGAUGCUCGCGUCUCUAGGGAAGCCCGCGCCCCCGCGCCCCGCGCCGCCGCCCGCGCGCCCCGCGCCGCCCGCGCCCGCGCCCGCGCCGCCGCGCGCCAAGCCCCCGCCGCGCACCAAGGAGGCGGCGCGCACCGCGCACGCGCCGGCGCGCCCGCUGCCCGAGGGCAGGUAGGCCCCGCUCCCCGCGCCCCGCGCCGCACCCCCCGAGUGCCCGCCACUCCGCACGUAUACCGUACUCCAUGCCUCAUGUCUACCACACGGAGCCACGACGCUUAAAGAACUGUUGCACCGCGAAUAGUGGCCGAUCCUAGUGACUACCGAGUAACUGUUGUACAUACGCCGCGCCACCGCCCCGCGGCAACUUCAUUUUAUUAUUAUUAUUAUUGUAUUUGUAUUCUUUUCUUUUUGCUAACACUUAUUAGUGGAGCUUAUGUUUGUUUUGUAGGCUUUCCAAAUAUCUGUGUGGUUUUCUUUAUUCUAGGAAUAAUAGUUAUGGAAUGUUUUUUAAUCGAAUUAACUAAACCUCGUACUUGUAAAGGUGAUAAGCGUUAAGGUAGGUGAAGCAAUGACUCACGAGUGACGAGAGGAGUCAGUAGACACGACUGCGAGACCAAUUUAAUGUCCAAUUGUAGAAAGCUGAAUAAGUUAACGAGUAUUAUUUUGAUUAAUUUAUAAGUGACUCCUCUCUGUAAAUACACGUUCUUUACAGAUCGAGAGCAACUUAACACAAAUUGCCACUAGCUACUCAAAAGUGCUUAUUAGUUUAUUUGAUUGUACUCCAACAUUACCUUGAUUACAAAAUGUUUGUAUGUACCCUAAUUAAAUUCUAUAAUAUUAAGAAAA